GUUGAUAUGUGUAGCAUUAGUAUUAUUGCGACACCUUGACGUUAUGGAAUUUUCCUGAAAUUAAAUAAACGUAUCAUCGGUAAAUGAUUGUUACUACUAAAUAUGUUGCAUUACAAGUUUAAUUUUGAAAUUGAAAACAUUAAACAGCUACAUACGCAUCAGAAUUUGGAGUUGUAUAAAGACGAUGGGACUCGGAUUAAUUCUUAAGGAAAAUUAGAAGUACAUCAUUUUUAUCAGAUAAGUUCUAACAGUGCGGAAGAUUAAACAAUUCUCAGAGCAUGGGUGCAUACAAUACGUCCAAACGAUACAAAACAACAAACGAGGAACAGGAGCUACAACUGAUCAAGAUUUUUAUUUACAAUGGUUCUCUCUAACGCAUUUUCGAAGCUGUAAAUAUGAAUGAAAGGUACAUAACUAUGCACAACAUAUUAUAAUACAUGAUUUAAUAACGACUGUUACGUCUAAACUCUGAAAUAACUAUUAAUCCUUGUCUAUCAAUACUGAUUGGUGUAUUCAAUAACAAUGCCUUACUGCACAGUUUGUCAUGUAUCUGUAGAUAAUCGUCAGUGGUCUGGUCAUUUACGUAGUAAUGCACAUAAAAACAAUAGCAUAGCUCCUUUUAACAGUAAUGUAAAAAUAAUCAAGUCCUCGUUCAAAGGACGUAUUGUAAGUUAUAGGAUUAUUGCAACCGAGGAGUUAGUCCAUAAAUUACCAGAGAGUUUUUUAAAUAAAAUUCGAGAUCAAGUCAAGGAUCUGAUCGACCAGUCAUUAAAAAGACACACAUCUGUUAAAGUUAAUUUUGAAUUAUUUUUGAUAUUUCUUUUGUUUAAAAACGAUCACCAAGAAACUAAAUCAUUUGCUACAAAAAACUUUAUUAUUAAUUUUAAUUACGAUUUUGACACAAUUUUCAAAUUAGUUAUUUCAUUACUUCUCAAAAGAAUAGAAGAAUUUCAGGAAAGAGAUAGCGGAUGGACAUUUUUGAAUAACUCUUAUUUUGAAGUAAAUAUUAACAAAUAUCAGCCUCUCAGUGGAUCUAAAUUUAUUCCUUUACCAAGUUUUAUAAAAAAUAAAAAAGCUUGCUUGAAUAUUAAGAACAACGACAAGUACUGCUUUCUAUGGUGCGUGGUGGCAGGCUUGUAUCCUGCAACCCGACAUGCCGACAGAGUUUCAUCAUAUCCUCGUUUUCAGGAUGUUUUAAAUGUUAAUGAUUUGUCAUUUCCCAUCACGUUCACAGAUAUAGCUAAUUUUGAAAAAAAUAAUCGUAAUAUUAAUAUUUAUGUAUAUGGUUUGAAAAAUAAUAAAACCGUUGUAGGUCCAUUAUAUAAAACAAUUAAUAAAAAAUGUAGGAGCAUCCACUUAUUGUAUCUAGAAAAUGAUAGUAAUUCCCAUUACUGUCUUAUUAAGAAUUUACCCCGUUUAGUUCGAAGUCAAAUUUCUAAACAUCAUGGUAAAUUAUAUUAUUGUGAAUCUUGUUUAUUGUUUUUUCCUACUCUUAGUCAACUUGAAACACAUCUGUGUGGAGGGGUCGUUACUAUUUUGCCAGAUAGGGGAUCAGUACUAAAGUUUAAAAAUUUUCAAAGGAAACAAGACAUUCCAUUUGUAGUUUAUGCUGAUUUUGAAACACUCUUAAUACCGAUUUCCAGCGAUGAAUAUGAUACAGUUAACACAACAUAUACCCAGCGACACGCGCCGGCCGCUUUUGCUUAUAACAUAGUAUCUUCUUUUAAUGAUAAUGAUAACAAACGGUAUAGAAGUUAUCGCGGUAAGGAUUGUGUUGCAAAAUUUAUAGAGUUUCUUACUCAGGAUGUAAUUGAAAUAUAUAAAAUACUAACUAAAAACAACCCUAUGAUAUUUACUGAUAAAGAUGUUGAGGAUUUUAGAAAUGCAAUUAAGUGUCACAUAUGUGAAAACUUGCUGUGGUCUGACAGAGUUAGAGAUCACUGUCACAUCACUGGUAAGUACCGUGGCGCAGCUCAUCGACAUUGUAACCUACAGCAUAAAGUACCAAAAUUCAUACCAAUAUUUUUUCAUAACUUGUCAGGAUAUGAUUGCCAUUUAUUUGUGAAAAAAUUAGGUGAAAUACCUGGCACCAGUUUAGACAAACUAGCUAAAACAAUGCAGAUAGAAGAUUUUGUUAAUCUUAGAUCUCAUUUUUCUGAUAAUAAACAUUUUAGUUUGCUAACUCGAAAAGGUGUUUAUCCAUACGAUUAUAUGACCAAUUGGAAAUGUUACGAGCAACAGGCGCUGCCGCUAAAGUGUUACUUUCAUAAUUCUUUGACAAACGAAGACGUCAGCGAUGACGAUUAUAAUCAUGCUAAGACUAUAGCGGGAUCAGAUGUUAUGUUCAGUCAAUACGCACAGGAUCCGUAUGAAGAAUUUAAUGAGAUGAUCCGAUGCGAACGCGCUCCGUUGCGAACGCGCCUGGGUUGCAGCCAGGCUCCGAAAGAAAAGAAGAAUACGUCUCGACGCAAGGACAAAUCUAAAAACCAUAAUUCGACUCAAUCUUUCGUCAUGAGUAGACAUCAUCGGCGAGGCAGUAAACUAAUAAAAAUUUCAGUGAUCGAGUUGUGCAAUGAUUCUCCGGACAGUGAUAGUGACAGUAAUAGUGAUAACGUUAUUAUCCAAGCGCAAUACGUAGUUAAAGACGCGGUUGACUUUAUUAUGGACGAAACGGAGUCGUUAGUUAAGAAAAUAUCGAAAUCAUUAAUUGAUAGUGACUUUUAA